AUGUAUGUUCCUAUUGAGGAGGCAACACUUGAAAUGAUUAGAGAAAAUGCAAAGCAGAGUAUCAUCAAGUAUGAAGAUGUGUGGUGUAGGUCUUAUGGAAUGUGGAAAGUUUUCAGUGGUUGGGUCCUCUGUGUGGAUAGAAAUUUUAACUAUGAAAAGAAGAAUCAGCAGAGGUAUCCAAUUCAAGGUGCAAAGCAUAUGCAAAGGCAUGGAGGCAGCUGCAGGAGGAAAUGCUUUGACUCAUCAUUCAGAGGACUGGAAGGCUGCCGAUGUGACAUGGGAUGUAAAGACCGAGGCAACUGCUGCUGGGAUUUUGAAGACACCUGUGUGGAAUCAACUAAAAUAUGGACCUGCAAUAAAUUUCGUUGUGGGGAGACUAGACUAGAAUCUAGCCUUUGCUCUUGCUCGGAUGACUGUUUGCAGAGGAAAGACUGCUGUAUUGAUUAUCAGAGUGUUUGCCAAGGAGAAACACAAUGGAUGAAAGAAGAAUGUAGUGCAGCCGACCAGUCUCAGUGUCCAGAAGGGUUCGACUUGCCACCACUUAUCUUGUUUUCCAUGGAUGGGUUUAGAGCUGAGUAUUUACAAACAUGGCAUAUGUUAAUGCCUAAUAUUAAUAAACUGAAAAUAUGUGGAAUUCAUGCAAAAUACAUGCGAGGUGUCUAUCCAACCAAAACCUUCCCAAAUCAUUACACCAUUGCUACGGGCUUAUAUCCAGAAUCACAUGGCAUCAUUGACAAUAAUAUGUAUGAUGUAAACCUCAACAUGAAGUUUUCACUUUCAUCAAAGGAGAAAGAGGAUCCAGCCUGGUGGAAUGGACAACCAAUCUGGCUGACAGCAAUGUAUCAAGGUUUAAAAGCGGGUACCUACUUUUGGCCAGGAUCAGAUGUGGCUAUAAACGGCACCUUUCCUUCCAAAUAUAUGUUAUAUAACAAUAGUGUUCCAUUUGAAGAGAGAAUCUUUACAUUAUUAAAAUGGCUGGAUCUGCCCAAAACUGAAAGACCCAAUUUUUAUACCUUAUAUGUGGAAGAGCCUGAUUCAGCAGGACAUGAAGGUGGACCAGUCAGUGCUAAUGUGGUUCAAGCCUUGCAGUUGGUAGAUCAGGCUUUCGGAAUGUUGAUGGAAGGUUUAAAACAGCGGAACUUACACAACUGUGUCAAUAUUAUCCUUUUGGCUGACCAUGGGAUGGAUCAGACUUACUGUGACCAGAUGGAAUAUAUGACAGAUUAUUUUCCAGAAAUAAACUUCUACAUGUAUGAAGGGCCUGCACCUCGUAUCAGGUCUAGUAAUACGCCUCAAGACUUCUACAGCUUUAACUCUGAAGGAAUUGUUAAGAACCUCAGUUGCCGAAAACCUGACCAGCAUUUCAAACCAUAUUUGUCUCCUGAUUUGCCAAAACGACUGCACUAUGCCAAAAAUGUCAGAAUUGACAAAGUUCACCUUAUGAUGGAUCAGCAGUGGCUGGGUGUGAGGAGUAAAGCAUAUAAAUUUUGUGGAGGAGGCCAUCAUGGUUAUGAUGGUGGAUUGAAGAGCAUGGGGGCUAUCUUUCUGGCUCAUGGACCCGGUUUUAAAGAGAAGACUGAAGUUGAAGCAUUUGAAAAUAUUGAAGUCUAUAACCUAUUGUGCGAUCUUCUACACAUUCAACCAGCACCAAACAAUGGUACCCAUGGUAGUUUAAACCAUCUUCUGAAGGCACCUUUUUAUGAGCCAUCCCACCCAGAGGAAGUGUCGAAGUCUUCUGUUUGCGGAUUUACAGAUCCACUGCCCACAGAGUCUCUAGAAUGCUCAUGCCCUGAGCUACAAAAUAAAACUGUUCUAGAACGCGUGAACCAAAGGCUAAAUCUCACCUCAGAUGAAAUAACAGCAACAGAGAAAGAAAAUAUGCCAUUUGGGAGGCCCAGGGUUAUGCAGAAGAACAAGGAACACUGUAUCCUUUACCACAGAGAAUAUGUGAGUGGAUUUGGCAAAGCUAUCAGAAUGCCCAUGUGGAGCUCAUAUACAAUCCCUAAGCCGGGAGACACAUCGCCUCUUCCUUCCCCUGUCUCAGACUGUCUGCGGGCUGAUGUCAGGGUCACUCCUUCUGAGAGCCAAAAAUGUUCCUUCUAUUUAGCGGACGAGAAUAUCACCCACGGCUUCCUCUAUCCUCCUGCAAACAACAGAACUUCUGAAGGUCAAUAUGAUGCUUUAAUUACAAGUAAUUUGAUCCCUAUGUAUGAGGAAUUCAAAAAACUAUGGCAUUACUUCCACAAUGUUCUUCUUAUAAGAUAUGCUGCAGAAAGAAAUGGAGUAAAUGUGAUUAGUGGACCAGUAUUUGAUUAUAAUUAUGAUGGCCAUUUUGAUGCUCCAGAUGAAAUUACAAACUCUAUGUUCACGGCUGAUACCCUGCUGGGAUGCAGAGAAGCUGUCUGUAGCUGGCUUCAAUUCAUACUGGAAGGUAGGCCAGAAGCUGUUUGGACUGAAGAAAGAUGGAAUGCACACAUUGCCCGGGUCCGUGAUGUGGAACUUCUUACUGGACUUGACUUUUAUCAGGAAAAAGCACAGCCUGUCUCUGAGAUUCUGCAACUAAAGACUUAUUUACCUAUACUUGAAACCCUUACUUAACUGGUUAUAUAACACAAAU